AAUAAAUAAAUAUUAACAAGUUCUUCUUGUACAACACAAUGUCAACCGUGCUUGAUACGAUCAGUGAUAUGUGUCGACUGAUUUUUACAAGUGAUAUUUGCAUAAACCAAUCAUGACACGUCAUCUGUACGCCACUUUAACAUUUUCGUCUUUUUUUUAUUUUAUUUUUUAUUGUUUUGCUUGAAUCAUGAAGCCAGUGUCUACACCUUUAAUACAAGAUGCUCAAACACCACUAAGCCCUGCUGAACUGGAGGUGCUGCGAAGACAAUAUAUUAAAGAAGGAGAAUAUGUUACUAUUCAAACAAAGUUCAAUUAUGCAUGGGGUCUGAUCAAAUCAACAAAGACCGAUCACUUGGAACUUGGCAUCAAGUUGCUUACAGAAAUCUAUACUGAUGCACCUGAAAGAAGAAGAGAAUGUCUCUAUUUCUUGGCUAUUGGCAAUUUCAAAUUGUUUAAUUACUCUGAAGCAAGAAGAUUCAAUGACCAACUAUUGAAACUUGAACCACGUAAUGACCAAGCACUUGCUUUAAAACAACUGAUUGAUGAAAAGGUUUCUACAGGUAAGGGAAUGUAUGUCAUCCACAUCCAUAUUCAUUUAUUGAUUUAGAGGGUGUCAUUGGUUUGGCUAUUGUCAGUGGUGUUGUAGCAGUAGGUGCUGCUUUAGUGGCAGCUGUUGUAAAGAGAUCAAAAUAAUAACAUUUUUUUUUUAAAACUCGUA